AUGGGUUUGACGCUCUACGCCGCCGGUCAACGAGUGCUUCCCAGUCUCAGCAGAGCAGUGAAGGGACGUAUUAGUGAUGUGUCGGUCGCGAACGAGCCGACUUCUUUUUAUGUGUUGCCAUCCUCAGCACCCAUCUUCCCCUUCCCUCCCUCCCCCACUGACUGUGUUGAAGCUCAUCGGGGUUGCUCCGCUGACCCCCGGUGCGAGGCGCUGUACCGGGGCUUGGAGCUGUGCGCGGCUGACGCAGCAGUGUCCCCGCUGGGGGAACAGGCAGCAUCUGAGUGCCUGGAGAGACAGGAUGCUCUGCUGGCCAAACACCCGGCUCUGCUGGCCUGCAAGUGUCAGCGUGGCUUUCGCAAGGAGGAGCAGUGCCUGCGCAUUUACUGGAGGGUCCGCCUGCUCCCAGGAGAGGAUGAGCUGGAAAUAUCUCCUUAUGAUGACACUCUAAUGGAUACUCGUAUGGCGUCCUUAGUGGCCGCAUCAUCUUACACGCAGCUGGAUGGUGAGAACCAGUGCCUGAAGGCAGCUCAGGACUGUGGCCUGUAUGAGAAGUGUGGCUCCCUGCGAUCGGAGUAUGUCCUGGCCUGCACCAAGCGGGUUCCCGGGUCCAACCGGUGCAACCAGCACAAGUGCCACCGGGCCCUGCGGCGCUUCCUGGAGCGGGUCCCUGAGGAGUACAGCCUGGGUGUGCUGUUCUGCCCCUGCACCAACGCCCUGUGUGGAGAGAGGAGGAGGAAGACCAUCGUACCCUCCUGCUCCUACCAGGACAUGGAGGGACUCCAACCCAACUGCCUCCACCAACAAAGUUUCUGUCGCCGUGACGACCUCUGCAGGUCCAGACUGGCUGACUUCCUUAAUAACUGCCAGCCCUCUCCUCUGACAGCCAGUGGCUGUCUGAAAGACUCAGCAGGACUCUGCCUCCGAGCCUACGCUGGACUCAUUGGAACCAUCAUGACACCCAACUACAUCAGCAACAGCUCAGCUGAUGUGUCUCUGUGGUGCAACUGUGAGGGCAGCGGGAACCAAUGGCAGGACUGUCUGAGGCUGCAGCGCAUGUUCACCCACAACAACUGUCUGCGUAACUCUAUCAGCUGGAUGGGGAGCCCCGGCUCCCUGCCUGCAGACAUCACCCCCCCUCCUGCUCCCAGACCCUCCCCAUUGGUUCAGGAGGAUGAGCUGCUGAGAAACAACCACCUGCCUGAGCACAACAACAUUGUGGUGGAGAGUGAGGAGGAAGAGCAGGAGCUGACACAGACAGAGGAGGAGGGUGAUGAAGGUGGCCAGUUUGAUGUCAUCCCUCUGUACUCAGAGAGGGCCACCGUCUCCAACCUGGGCUCCUCUGGGACCGGAGUGGCUCCAAGCCUCAACACUGGCCCCGCUAAACCCACUGUACUGCUGCUCCUGCUCCUGUCUGCCUCCCUCAGCUGGGGCCCUGACUCCUCAGCCCUGACUCCUCAGCCCUCACUCCUCAGCCCUCAGUCCUCAGCCCUGACUCCUCAGCCCUCACUCCUCAGCCCUCACUCCUCAGCCCUGACUCCUCAGCCCUGA